AUGUUCCGAGAGUUUGACGUACGAGAAGUGGUUGUUGUGGUAGGAUGUGUAAUUUCGCGUCGUUUCUGACAGCUGUUGUUUGCUAUGAAAAGAAACGAUGGGUGCCUGCCACAUGACCAACAGCCCCAACUGUUUUCAAGUGAUAAUAUUGUAAUGUUUUAAUAUACUGUCGUUCAGUGAAUGCUCCCAGUGCUUAGAGUACAAAAUGAAUUCCUAUAUUCAGCGCGUUACAGUUUACAAAUCUCUUUUUAAUAGAGUUCAGUCAUCUUGUUUGUUUUCCGCUGACAUGAAUAAAUUUUGUAUAUAUUUCAUAUUCAUGUCAGUAUUUGUUUUUACGUUGCUUUUUGCUUUGCUGUCAGAAUACUUUAAAGUUCAGUGCAGUGAACAUGGAUUUAAAUCGCCGCAAAAAGCGUUUUCGCCUUUGCCAGACGACAGCCAGAUUCACGUUGUCGAUGAUGGAACUCUGGGAUUAGUUCUUAGGACGUCUGAUGUCUCUGAAGACGUUAAGAGCAAAUCCAAAGCAGUAGGAUUGGAUUCAGAAGCUGUCUGUUCUUUACAUGCUGCCUUAGAGAUGAAAAAUAGUGGAAAACAUGAAAAAGCAUUAAAGUUAUUUGAACAUGCCGUUGCUCUUGCUCCGAAGCAUCCUGAUAUUUUAAACCAUUAUGGUGAAUUUUUAGAGCAAACUCAAAAUGAUGUUGUAAUGGCUGAUCAGUUGUACUUUAGAGCACUAACUGUAUCACCUAGCCACUCAGGAGCCCUGGCUAAUAGACAACGAACAGCUCGUAUUGUUGAAGAAAUGGAUCGACUUACUUUGGGAAGAAUUGAUGAAAAACGUGAUCGACUGUCGGCAAUUCCAGAUUCUAAUUCAGCUUUUCGCCGUGCUAAAAAGGAAGCUUAUUUUCAGCAUAUAUAUCACACUGUUGCCAUUGAAGGGAAUACAAUGACACUGUCACAAACUCGAUCCAUUGUGGAAACAAGAAUGGCCAUUGGUGGAAAGAGUAUUAUGGAACACAAUGAAAUUCUAGGACUUGAUGCUGCUUUAAAAUAUAUAAAUGCCACUCUUGUUAAUAGGCUUGGAGCAGUAACUGUAAAGGAUAUCUUGGAAAUUCAUCGCAGAGUAAUGGGUUUUGUGGAUCCUGUUGAAGCAGGGACGUUCCGUCGGACACAAGUAUAUGUUGGUGGCCAUGUACCUCCAGGACCGCAUGAAAUUCAGGUUUUGAUGGAAGAAUUUGCACAGUGGUUGAAUUCAGAACAAGCUGCUCAUAUGCAUCCUAUCCGUUAUGCAGCACUGGCACAUUACAAACUUGUUCACAUCCAUCCUUUUACUGAUGGUAAUGGGAGGACAUCUAGGUUGUUAAUGAAUGCAAUUCUUAUGCAGGCUGGCUAUCCACCUGUUAUUAUUCCAAAGCAAGACAGGCAGAAAUACUAUCAAUAUUUAGAAAUAGCAAAUGAUGGAGAUGUUCGUCCAUUUGUGCGCUUCAUUGCAGAAUGUACUGAACACACAUUAGAUUUAUUUUUGUGGGCUACAAGUGAGUAUGCAGCAGAGUUACCUGCAUUGGAACAAAAACAGAGAAGUCGAAUUAUUGAACUAUAAUAAAAAUUGAAAAUGGAUCUAGCCAAAAACACUUCUGGCAGCAUCGCCUUUUAUCUCAAAGCUUUUUAUAAUUAUUUAUGUAUUUAUUUUCCUAUAAUUGUUUUCAGUCUUCAGGACAAAUUUUUUCCAUGACUGCUGCUGAGUAACUUUCAUAAGACAGAACUGUCAUUUGCAGGACUUUCACAGGCAAAGCACUGCCGUCUUGUCUGUAUUCAUCAGGUUAUACAUUGAAAGGCUCUUGUGUGUACACAUUCUACAGAAAAUAUAUUUUGUAAGAAUCAGCGUGAUACUUUUACUGUUACAGCUGUGUGCUGGGAUAUACGACAAUGCAUUUUCUAUACCCAGUAGUGAACUUUUUAAAUCACAUGAUCUGAGAGUUGUUCAGAAUUGAAAGUUUAACAAUCUCUUAGAUGUUGUUUAGUUGUAAUUCAUUUUACGCACAAGGAACGAGUGUGCUAAAUUAAGUUUCUAAGAAACUGUUGUCCUUACCUGAUAACUUACAUCAGUAUUACAAUUUACAGCACAUAAAUUAUGAAGACUUAAAAAUCUUAAACUGUGAUGUGGUUAAGACCACCAGCAUACUUGUAGUUAUUUAAUAAUGUACUUAUGAAGCAGUUUAUUUAUUUUUAAGCACAUUUUCCAGUGUGAAAUACCAUCACUUAUGUGCCAAAGAUAAUUUUAUUGUGUCUGUGAUACUAUCAUUGUUUUCGUAUGUCAAAUUAGCACAUCCAAAUCCUUUUAUUGUGAUAGCAGAAAACACUAACCUCAGCUUUUAGCCAUUAUUGUAAAGGUUGUGCAACAAAACUUGUCAAGGAUGUCAUCCCAGCAAAUGAGGAGUUCAAAACAAAAGGAAUUAUAUAAAGAACUUGGAAAUGCCAUUAUAUUUCUUAUCUAUCAUAUCUAUUUUUGUUUCACAGCAUACUGGAAAUAAUGUGUAGUAUCAUAUGAAUGUAUUGCUUAAGGAUUUCUGCCCUUCUUAAACAUGAUCUAACCUCUGACAUAUGAUUUUGUAAGUGUGAUUAAUUCUGGAGAUGAUGUAGCCACAAUAUUUGAGAAGGUUGACAGAUACCUAGAUGGUGAUCCACUUGUUUUUGUUGGACAGUGACAUCGAAUACUCUUGCAAAUGUAUUUCAAAAAAUUAAUUAAAGAAUGCAACAAAG